AUGGAGGUGACGGAGAUGGUCGAGGUGGCGGCCUUCGGGGGUGUGUUCGACGGCGAGGAGGCCGCCCCCGCCGCGGUGGACUCAGACAAGGCGCUCGAUGCGCUCUUGCUCAAGGUCGACCGGUGCUCCGAAUCGCUCCGACGGGCCGGGUGGAGCUCCGAGGACGUGUUGGACGCGCUGGGGCUAGACCUCUGCCAUUGCAAGGAGCAGCCACGCCCCGCCGUGCGGGUGCUGCCGGAGAUCGCCGUCAAGGUCGAGCGGCUCGCGCAGUCGGUGGGGGCGCGCCCCUGA